GAGGCCAGAUUUUAUCAAAGUCAAGUUAGAACAGGUUCUGUUUCCCAAAAAUGACAAGUUGGAGGCCAGUAGGGCUGGCAUAUAAAUUCCUACCCUGGGUGUCUUGGCCUCUUUACUUCCUCCUGGGUCGCUCUGAUACCUGAUCUGAUCCAAGAUGUCUAGUCCCCUGGAACAGGCUCUUGCUGUGAUGGUCACCACCUUCCACAAGUACUCCGGUCAAGAGGGUGACAAGUUCAAACUCAGCAAGGGGGAGAUGAAGGAGCUUUUGCAUAAGGAGCUGCCGAGCUUUGUGGGGGACAAGGUAGAUGAGGAGGGCCUGAAGAAGCUGAUGGGUAACCUGGAUGAGAACAGUGACCAGGAGGUGGACUUCCAGGAGUACGCUGUGUUUCUGGCCCUCGUCACCAUCAUGUGCAAUGACUUCUUCCAGGGGUACCCAGACCGGCCCUGAUGCUGUGCGCACCGCUCCCUCCCACGAAGCUCUUGGGCCAAUACAAGCUCCCUAUCUUUUCAAAUUUUGUACUAAAUAAACUUUUUGUUUGCUCGUGGAUAA